UUGCGCUCGCGGAACGAUGACGAAUUCGCUUUUCCCAAGAUCGUCGGAGUAUAAUUAUAUCUAUAUCGUGCCCUCAAGCGACAUGUUUCAUCGACGACGACGACGACGACGAUGAGGAGGAGGACGACGACGACGACGGCGACGACGUGGCGCCGCGGUUUGAGACGACGCGCGACGAGGAAACAUGGCUGCGAAGGUAAAACAUUACGAUCCGUUCAGCUCGGCGAGUUCAGAGAGCGAGGAUGGAGAAAUUUCUUUGGACGAUCGCGAGUUUCUCGUCGAUGAAAUUUGCGACGAAGCGACACCCACGCCGCAAUCGCCGAGACCACCGUCCACUGGUUGCGAAAGAGUUUGCUUCAAAGAAAUAUGGAGUACUCGCAUAUGGCAACAAUCAGACGAUCAUUUAUUCCAAACAGAUAUCUUUGCUUUCUCGAAGAAGACAGCUUUUUCCGCCACAAGUUCGCAAAAAUCUCCACGUUCGAGAAGGCAACGUACCACCAGUAUGACGCAAUCUAGUAAAAAGACAUCCGCGGAAUCUAUCAUUAGAAGUAAGAGAGGAACCAUAUAUACGGCAGGUAGACCGCCUUGGUAUAAUUCCGCGGGACAGCAGGUAGAACCUUUUGUAAUUGGAAUUUGCGGAGGUAGUGCUUCGGGAAAAACUACAGUAGCUACAAAAAUAAUAGAGUCGUUGAGCGUACAAUGGGUGACUCUCCUCAGUAUGGAUUCGUUUUACAAAGUGUUGAAUGAAAAACAGCAUGAAAUGGCAGCACGCAACGAAUAUAAUUUUGAUCAUCCGGAUGCGUUUGAUAUAGAACUUCUCAAGACUACGUUACAACGAUUAAAAGAGGGAAGAAUGGUGGAAGUUCCUAUUUAUAAUUUUGUAACGCAUCGUAGAGAGAGUAGGACUAAAACAAUGUAUGGCGCCAAUGUCAUUAUAUUUGAGGGAAUAUUUACCUUUUAUAAUGUGGAUGUAUUGAAGAUGUGCGAUAUGAAGAUAUUCGUCGAUACCGAUGCCGACGUACGACUCGCACGAAGAUUACGUAGAGAUAUAUCGCAAAGAGGAAGAGAUCUGGAAGGGGUCUUGAAACAAUAUUGUACUAUGGUACAACCUGCCUUUUAUUAUUACAUAGCACCGCUCAUGGUCCACGCUGAUAUUAUCGUACCUCGCGGUGGGGAGAACGAAGUUGCUAUAGAACUUAUCGUGCAACACGUGCAUACGCAAUUACAAUUGAGAGGAUUUAAGCUUAGAGAACAAUUAGCCCAUUCUUACAUAGGUCAACCGUUGCCUACGUCCUUGUAUUUACUUCCUGAUACACCACAAAUUAAAGGUCUACAUACGUUUAUAAGAAACAAGGAUACCUAUAGAGACGAAUUUAUAUUUUAUUCGAAACGUUUGAUACGUCUGGUUAUAGAAUACGCAUUGUCUCUUUUACCGUUCGAGGAAGUUACGGUGGAGACACCACAAGGAAUACCUUACCAAGGAAAGCGGGGUGCCACGGACAAGAUCUGUGGCGUGUCUAUAUUACGGGCCGGAGAAACGAUGGAACAGGCGGUUCGAGACGUGUGUAAAGAUAUAAGAAUAGGAAAAAUUCUAAUACAAACGAAUCAACAGACUGGCGAACCCGAGCUUUAUUAUUUGCGUCUUCCGAAAGAUAUCAAGGAUUACAGAGUCAUAUUAAUGGAUGCUACGGUAGCAACCGGUGCUGCCGCCAUGAUGGCCAUUAGAAUUCUUCUCGAUCACGACGUAGCGGAAGAAAAUGUUUUACUAGUCUCCUUACUCAUGGCGGAAUCAGGUGUCCAUUCAAUCGCAUAUGCUUUCCCAAAAGUGAAAAUAGUUACUUCCGCUUUGGAUCCAGAGAUAAAUAAUAAAUUUUACGUACUACCAGGUAUCGGCAAUUUUGGUGACAGAUAUUUCGGUACCGAACCAUCUUCCAUAGACGAUUAACGAAUUUUAUGUUAUUACGAUUGAUUAUUUGUAGUCUUACUGGUUUCUUGCCUCUGCUAUUGCGAUAGCGCGUACAACCAUUUUUCUCGUACAACUUAUUAUUUAAGUUUUUAAUUUCUCCCCUGUUCGGAGAGUUGUACAGUUGCAAUGAUUUCUUAACACCAUCUCCUUGUUACGUGAUUUCUUUGUCGAAAAUAAGUUUGUAAUAAAUUCUAAUUACAUUGGUA